UUCUAUUCAAAACCCUAAACAAAACAAAACAAAACAAAACAAAAAAAAUUAGGGUUUCAGUCUAUUCAUUUGAUUGUUUUGUACUAAAAUUGAAACGAAAAUUUUAGUUUCUUUACUUGGUUGUGGUAAUAAAUUAGGGGUUUGUUUGAAAUCUCAUUACAAGAAGAACACCGAUUCAUGAUUUGGGUUCAGAGAUCUUUGCAGAGAAACAAUCUUAAAGGUAUUCAAUAUUAAGUGACAAUGGUUGAUUCCAAGUUUUCCGAUCAAGAGAUCGAAAAUUGGUGGGGCUUAGCUGGUGAAAUAUGUAGACUGAGGCAUGUUGUUGUUAAGAUUUUGGAAAACCUUACAAAGUUUUAUUUCAACCACAUGAUGUAUCUGAAUACCGGAGGAAAUAAUGUCACUCCUAUGAGUCAAGUGGCUGAUUUGGAAGCUUCCGUAGUAGAGAAUGUCUCAGAUUUAAUUCAAUUUCAGAUUGCGUAUCUAAAAAUUUUCAAGCCGAACUCUUCUAGCCUCCGCCUUUACACCUUCCAGAGAUUAGACAAGGAACCAGGCCCCUUCCUUGCAACACAUUAUUCCGAAAGGCAAAGGAUACAAGAGCGAUUCGACUCUCUGAUCCAAAUAAGGGAAUACCUCGACCAAGUAUAUGAACAGUUGGCCGAUGCUAUAGAAGAAGAUGAUGAAGCUUUGUUCUAUACAGACAUGCUACUAAAUUCAAUGUCUCAAAAUGUUAAAGCGAUGAAGAAAGAGAUAGAUACAAUGAGAGACCACAGUUCAUCUUCCUCUUGCCCUCCUCCUCCUCCUUCCAAGAAGAUUAGUCAACGACACAAGAGAGAACAGUUGAAUGUUGAGUCUGAUAAUCUUGAUCUUUCUUUACUUGACAAUGUUCCAAUUCCUGAUGAUUGGGAUCUUGAAGAUCUUCAUAAACAGACAGCGUUCGAGGAUUUACAAGAAGACGCCUUUGAUAUUGAUAACUUGAGCAUUCCUGAAGCUAACCACUUGACCAAGCAGCACCAACAACCACAACAACAACAGCAGGAAUCUGAUCAGUAUAAUUUAGCUGCAUCUGAAACUCUUCCCUUGGCUGUUGGCGACUAUCAUCAACCUGAAGAGAAUCAGGCUGAACGUGUUAUUCUUGCUUCUGAUGUCAGGGUACAUGAAGGGCUUGCUGGACCGAGCGUCCCAGUGGCUGAUAGUAAUCAGGGUGAUCAAACCAGUUCUAAUAACGAAACAUCAAGUGCGAAUACUAUUGAUCCAACCUUUUUGGAGGCACUGCCUGAAGAUUUGCGGGCAGAAGUACUGGCUUCCCAGCUUGCCCAACCCGUUCAAGCCACCACAUACACACCUCCUUCUGCAGAAGACAUUGAUCCUGAAUUUUUAGCUGGUCUCCCCCCAGAUAUCCAAGACUAUCAUCAACCGACACCCUUUGAUGGUGUGCAAGAAGAUUAUUGUCAAAUGUUUGAUUUAGUUGCAUCUGAACCUCUUCCCUUGGCUUUUGGCGACUAUCUUCAACCUGACUAUCAUCAACCAACACCCAUUGAGGAUAUACAAGAAGACAAUGGUCAAGUGUAUGAUUUUGCUGCUCAAAUAAGUAAUAUUUCGAAUUCUUUUAUUGAGAAACUGGUAGACUUGCAUUCGCUGUAUCUUGAGCUUAUACAAUCUCAGAAAGUUCUUGCUAAGGAAGACUAUGAGGCGGUAAACGAGAAGGAAUUUGCGUUACUAAAGAUCGAACGGGAUUUAUUGUAUGCCCUUGCUAGAUAUAUUAAUACCUUUCAGGAAGGAGAGAAAAUAAAACUUUGUAUGUACAGAGAGGAAAAAGAUGCAUAUCUAGUGCGAUGUUGGCGCUAUCCGGAAAUGUUGAAGAGGCGGCUCAAGAAGUUGGACAAAGUAAGGGAAGCUGCUGCAGAAUUAGAUGAUAGAUUGCUUGGGAUUGUGGUUGAAGAAUCCACGAAUGCUCCUGAAUUUGACUCGGUAGAAUUGCUAGAGUUCAUGGUUCAAACUAUCAAGCUGCUGAAAGUGGAUAUAAUGCAUAAUUGUUUUGAUGCUUCUUCUGUUUGGUCUACUACUCCAGCCUCAUCAGACUCUAAAAGAGCAUACUUGGACAGGAAAUUGGAAGAAGAUCGUUUUAUGCUUGGUGAUGAAAUUGAAAGCUGGUUGAAGAUGGUUCCAAGGCGGGAUAUUUUCCAGGUUUAAGUCACACUUUCCAUUAGUUCUUUCUUGGUUGAGUAUAUUAGAGAAACUUGCAAGCACAGAACGUAAUUUUUAUGUGUAGGUUUCAGCUUUUGAUUUUUGUUGCUGUAGCUAGUAGCUACUGGUUCUGUAAUGGGUCUUUGUUCUUUUCUUUUAGUUUCUCAGUUGGGUUUGUUGUAAUUGGUGUGCGAGCACUUUCUUUGUGCUUGGAUUACAGUAUGCCUGGAAAUGAGCAAUGCACAGAAUGUAAUCUUAAUGUGCAGGUGUCAGCUUUUGGAUUGUGUUGCUGUAGCCAUUGGUUCUGUAAUGGGGUCUUUGUUUUGUAAUUGGUGGGCGAGCACUUUCCUUGUGCCUAUAGUGAAUAUGCCCGUUUUUUUUUUGUAAUUC